AUGUCGCGAGGAGGACGAGGCGGUGGCCGUGGUGGCCGCGGGGGCCGCCAGGGGCCGCAGCUCUCGUGGGACAACGGCGAACACGCCCCCGACACGCGGCCCUCGGAGCUGUUUCCUGCCUACGCGAUACCGACGGCGAAACCCCUCUCGGACCUCGAGCGCGCAAACGUCAACGCCUUCCUCCUCUUCCGCCGGCAAUUCCAGGAUGGGCCCCUCUACACCCGCAAGCGCACCUGGGGCAUCGAUCCGGGCAACACCCGCAAGCUGUACGGCCAGGACCAGGUCAACGCGAAGUACGGCGUGCGCACGCGCGGCACCGCCGACCCCUUCACCGCCGUCCCCACCUACUCGCAAAAGUUCGCCCGCCCGGAGCGCGCCCUGCCCGAGUUCGGCGGCCGGCCCUUCUGCAAGGAAUUCUUCCCGCAGGAGCUGCACGAGACCCUCGACGGCGACGACGUGGCGCCUGGCGAGCGGCGGCGCGGCGGCGAGGCCAAGAGGCUGAAGCUGAGCCGCAUCACGGCGCUGCCGACGGCCGAGGACGUGUUCCACGUCGGCGGCACCGGUGAGGACGGGGAAGGGGGCCCCGGCGACGACAAGAAGAAGCUGGAGGCGCUCGAGAGGAUGGGUGAGGGCGAGGGCGAGGGCGCCGCCGAGGACGAGUGGGAGGGCGGCGAGGAGGAGGAGCAGGACGUCGAGUACGACGACUCGGACGCCGGCGACUACGACGCCGAGAACUACUUUGACGACGGCGAGUUCGGGGACGACGACGGCGGCGGCGGCGAUGACGAACACGGAGGCCGCGAGGGGUCGUACUGA